AUGUAUAGCGAGAUAUCGUUCGCCAACAUUCUGAAGAAGUUGGAAGUUCCUCAUGAGUCCUCACAGGAGGUUAGCAUUCUUCAGAAUCCUGAUCUUGAGCCCAUUGGUCCAGAGAGACGUACCUGGGGACUAUGGUCUUAUGCUGGUUACUGGGGUGUGUUGAACUUGAGUGUCUGGACAUUCAGUGUGGGCAGUUCUCUGCUCUCUCUGGGUUUGAACAUCCAGCAGUCCAUGGGCGCACUUACCGUGGGUAACAUUCUUAUUGUUCUCUACACGUGCUUGAACUCUUACCCAGGUGAGACUUACCACAUCGGAUACACAGUGUGCCAGAGAAUGGUGUUCGGAGUCUACGGCUCUGCACUAGGUAUCCUCAUAAGAAUCAUCCUCAGUAUCGUCUACUAUGGCUCCCAAGCAUGGUUAGGUGGGCUAUGCUUUGUCGUUAUCUUCUCAACAUUCAGUGAAAGCUACCUCAACAUGGAAAAUACGUUUCCGGAAUCAGUUGCAAUGACAACAAGAGAUUUCAUCGGUUUCUUGGUCUUCCAGGUCAUUUCAAUCCCAUUCUUCUUCAUUAAGCCGGAAAAGAUGAACAUCUUUGUCAACAUUAGUUGUAUCAUGGCUCUCUUCGGACUCGUUUCAGUCUUUGUCUACCUUUACUGUAUCAACGGUGGGCCAGGGCCAAUUUACUAUGAGAAGGUUGAGCUCUCAGCUUCAGAAACAGGAUGGAUGUGGUUAUAUGCGAUGUCUGUCUGGUACGGUGCCUUAUCUCCAGAUAUCACAAAUCAAUCUGACUUCUCGAGAUUCAGCUCUAGCCGUAAAAAGCUCGUUAUCGGAGUCUUUGUUGGUAUCUUCUUCACUGAAAUCAUUCCAUUGGCUGGUCUGAUCUCUGCUAGUUGCUCACUGGAGCUCUAUGGUGAAUCCUACUGGUUGCCAACUGAUAUCUGUCUCCAGUGGCUUCAAGAUAACUACUCUCCAAGAAUGCGCUGUGCCUGUUUCUUCCUUGGCUUGUCAUUUCUCUCGUCUGAACUUUCACUAAACCUUUUGAGUAAUGGAUUUGCUGGUGGUAUGGAUCUUGCUGGUGUCUGUCCACGUUAUAUCAACAUUGUGAGAGGAUCAAUCAUCACGGCCCUGUUGAGUUGGUGUGUUCAGCCUUGGACCUUUUAUAACACCUCAUCGACGUUCUCGACAGUCAUGAGUAGUUUCGGUGUGAUCGUCACACCAAUCAUCGGUAUCAUCGUCUCAGAUUUUACCCUCGUCAGAAGAAACAGACUCAGAAUCAACGAUCUCUAUACGACAAGUAAAGACGGUGAUUUCUACUUCACUAAAGGUAUCAAUUGGAGAGCUAUCCUUGUAUUCUUUGCAGCUGUGGUCCCAGGUCUUCCAGGGAUGGCCUCUGCUUCAAACCCAGACAUCAAGUUGAAAACAGAUAUAGCAAACUACUUCUACGGAAGUGUUGUGUUCUCGUUCUUCUGCCCUCUUAUCCUGUAUUACAUCAUUUGUACUUGGGUAUUCCCUAUCAAGGGGGCUGGAGUCUCAGAAGGCGAAGACAUUUUCAACAAAUUCACAAGUGAAGAAUGCAUAAAAUUGAAUCUUGUUCCAUUCGAUGGUGUACAUGAAGAUAUCAACAUGGAGGAAGUUCACGUUAGCGAUGAUCAGUCAAAAAAGGGUGCAAUUGUGAAUGAUAACACUAUUUCAACAAGUGAAUCAUUUGCUUGA